AUGAACUUCGCCAAGGGAAUCCUCGAGUCUCGCAGACAAACAUACAAACACUUGAAGAAGCUUCUGAAGACGAUUCCGCUAGAAACUCCCACAGCCAUCGAACUUUCGCCUGGCAAUGAGAUCCAAGUCACCCUCUUUGACGCCAACCAUUGCGUUGGCGCGGUAAUGUUUCUUAUUCAGGGUCACGGUCAAGCCAUUCUUUACACCGGUGACAUCAGGGCAGAGACGUGGUGGAUAAAUUCACUGACGCGAAGUCCCGUGCUUCUCCCCUACGCAUCAGGGCAUAGGCGCCUUGAUAAAAUCUAUCUCGACACUACCUAUGCGAGCAGGUCUCGGUUCAACCGGGAGUUUCCGACUAAAGAUGAAGGUCUGCGCGAGCUACUAACAAAAGUGUCAAACUACCCUGAGGAUACUGUAUUUCACAUCGAAGCCUGGACAUUCGGGUACGAGGAUGUGUGGCUUGCGCUAUCCUCAUAUCUCGACAGUUCAGUCCAUCUCGAUAGGUACCGAUGGCGCCUGUACAACUCUCUGGUCACUCCUCCAGAAUUGCCUUCAUGUCGCGAGGCGCCUCCAUUGGUUGGAUUCAGUUUAGGAAAUCACCACAGAGUCGGCUGUUUAACCUCCAACCCGGACGUCCGUCUGCACAGCUGCGAACACGGCACGUUUUGUCCGGCGACCAAUGAGAACUCCGAAGUGGUCCGCAUCAUACCCAUAGUGACAAGACUAGGUGAUGGCACAGAAGUUGCGGAGGUUGGUGUAGGGGGUGGCAAAGGAGAUCUGGACCAAGUACACGAGCUCGAAACCCACGACAGGGUUGCGAUCGAGCAGCUGAUGCACCUAUGCGAAUCUAGACUGGAGGACGUCCCUGAUACGUUGUCAGACGUUCUCCAUACGCUAACAUCGGCGAUGGAAAAUGGGCUAAGCAGGAUCCGUCUCUGCAACAGUGAUAGCGAUGUGCAGGACGACCAGGAAGCGCUGGACGACAUGCCGCUGCAUCAGUUGGUCGAGAUGCUGGCACGCCUCACAUCUGACGCGCCCACGUUCGCCGUUUCUGCCGCCGCUCAAAGCGGCAAAACGCGACACGUCUCAAACACGUCCAGCCCCGCGGCUGCAGCUGGGAACCUGACCCACGGACCGCAGUCGCGUACGAUUACCUUCCCGUGGGCGAGACACGCGUCCUACUUGGAGUUGUGCGAGCUGGUAGGGGCUUUCCGCCCGUACGACAUCCACCCCUGCACGGUAAAUGAGCAGAGUUGGACGCCGGAAGAUGGCAUGAGAGCGCUGUUUGGGCACCUCUGCUCGGGCGAUGUGUUCGUGCAUGAUAGGAAGAUGAUGGAUGUAUGGGAGGAGCGGCGCAAAAGGUGGGUAAGUGGGAAUAAAAGGCAGCAGGAAGAAACACAGGAAACGCAAUCCAGUGGUGAUGAUGAUAGUGCGUCGCCGGACGAGCAGGGCAGCAAUGUCAAGAGAAGGUGCAUUUCUGCAGAAGCUGCUGCUACUACUGAUGCAGAGAUGCGUCGACCUUCAACCACUCCAUCUAGCGUCCUGGUAUCGUUUGAGGAAAGCCUUGAAGGAACGCCACAGGCUGGACAAGCGCCAGGUCUUUCGGACACAUCCCCCGCGAAAGAUUCUGCAACGUAUCCGGAACAAUGGUCUCCCACGAAAAUAGAUCGAGAUGAGGAGAAUGUGUGUGAAGACGUGGAAGACGUGGAAGACGCGGAAGACGCGCUAGAAGCAACGUCACCGAGCAUUCGCACAUGGGCGGCUAGAGCGGCGAAGGGUUCGAAUGGGUUGACCUGGGCUGACUUCGGCGGGCUUGUGUGCACAGGCAAUGGGCAUGCGGAAGAAGAAGAGCUUUGA